GAACAAAGUAAUCCCUUCAUUUAUCUGAAGGUAUCAGGAAUAAUGUCUCAUUUCUCGCCUCUUCGGAAUCAAUUUAAAUGUUACCCGAGGUAGGAGGAGUCAUCUAGGGGAAGGUGGUCAAGUGGUUAGGUAAAGACGUGGGGAAAAAAACUAAAAAACUAAGCACUGCGGAGGAAUUUCUUGUCAAGCUGUGAGCCUACGGUGUGAGAAGCGUGAAGGCGAUUGAGAGGGGCUCGGGGAAUUGUCCUCUGCGAGAGACUUUCUUUAGGCCCCAGGCUCCUGCUUGCCCCAACCGUCAGCAGGUAAAGAGAGACAGUAGAGAGGGAGAGAGAUACCACAGCAUCCUCAGAGCUUCCCCUAUUGCCAUUGGUGUUCCUGUAGAGGACCAGGACUCAAACCUGAGACUUCGCACAUGCCAAAGCAGGCGCCUCAUCAGAAAGAUGGAAACCUUGAUGACUAGUUCUACCCUGCCUCCCCUUUUUGUCGAUGAGGAUGGCUCCAAGGAGAGUAAUGAUCUGGCUACAUCUGGGUUAACCCACCCGGAGGUUCCUUAUGGUAGUGGAGCCACAUCAUCCACCAACAAUCCAGAAUUUGUAGAGGAUCUUUCCCAAGGGCAGUUGCUUCAGAAUGAGUCUUCAAACACAGCAGAAGCCAAUGAGCAAAGGCAUGAAGAUGAGCAAAGAAGUAAACGUGGAGGUUGGUCCAAAGGAAGAAAGAGGAAGAAACCUCUUCGAGACAGCAAUGCACCCAAGUCCCCCCUUACAGGUUAUGUUCGGUUUAUGAAUGAACGCCGUGAACAACUUCGAGCAAAAAGACCAGAAGUUCCGUUUCCAGAAAUCACAAGGAUGUUAGGCAAUGAAUGGAGUAAAUUACCUCCUGAGGAAAAACAGCGCUACCUUGAUGAAGCAGACAGAGACAAGGAGCGUUACAUGAAAGAACUGGAGCAGUAUCAGAAGACAGAGGCCUACAAGGUCUUUAACAGGAAAACCCAGGACCGUCAGAAAGGCAAAUCUCAUAGACAAGAUGCAGCCAGACAGGCCGCUCAUGAGCAUGAGAAAGAAGCAGAGGUAAAAGAGCGGUCUGUUUUUGACAUUCCUAUAUUUACAGAGGAAUUCCUGAACCACAGCAAAGCUCGGGAGGCAGAGCUCCGCCAGCUUCGCAAAUCCAACAUGGAGUUUGAGGAGAGGAACGCAGCCCUGCAAAAGCAUGUGGAGAGCAUGCGCACCGCGGUGGAGAAGCUGGAGGUGGACGUGAUCCAAGAGCGGAGCCGCAACACAGUCUUGCAGCAGCACCUGGAGACCCUGCGGCAGGUGUUGACCAGCAGCUUUGCCAGCAUGCCCCUACCGGGAAGCGGAGAGACACCCACAGUGGACACCAUUGACUCAUAUAUGAACAGACUGCACAGUAUUAUUUUAGCUAACCCCCAAGACAAUGAAAACUUCAUAGCUACAGUUCGAGAAGUUGUGAACAGGCUUGAUCGUUAGUGAAUGGUCUUAGAGCUCCAAGAUAUUCCAAACGUGGUUGUGCUUGUAAGGAAUGAGAAGCCAUCCUUGGAAAAUUUGAACUGAGUGGAGGUAGAAGGGGAGUACAGAUGACUCUGUGAAAGAGCUAAAUUCUGAGCUAACUGCCUUCACCCCAGGAAGCCAUAUGAAGGAGCAGCAAAAGGAACAUGCACAUGAAUUCCCCCCGGGAGUCACCCAUGUGAAGCUUUGGAAGUGCACAGCCACUGUCCCAGGUCUCCAGGCUCCUGCCACCUCCAUUUCUGUGGACAUGGACUCACAGACAUUCUGCUCACCAGGCGUCUCUUCUGCAGCAGAGAAGAAGCCUUCUUGCUCUGAUCCAGAUUGGAUCCUUUCCUCAGUGAAAUUCCAGUUUUCUUACCUAGUUGUCACUGUUCUUUAAUGCCUCUGGAGGAAAGGGGGCUAGUUUUGAUUUCCCACCACCCACCCUCCCCCACCACACACACACACACA